AUGGUCGCCGAACCAUCGCGACCUCUCCUACUUCCGACAAACCGAAAGAUUCGACAUCUCCAAGGCAUAUACUUUCGAAAUCUUGCCCUCACACGGCCGCGCGGCCAUACAAUUGACGAUGCCGCCAUCAACAAGACCCCCCAAAAGCUGCAAGCUCUCCGGGAACCUGCCCUUCAUCAUGCGGCCUCCUCAGGAAGUCUGCGACGGCCACCCAAGCCGCGCCGAAGCAGCUCGAAUUGGGUAGGUGCGAGCCCCGGGUCGCGCCAGAAAACACUGGAAGAUGUUAUAGACAGUCGGAUGGCCGAUACGUUCUUCACCCUGCAUUGUUCCGGGCAGGAGGAUCCAAUAUAUAUCAGCGAGGUGAUCGAAAAGGCUAUGAAUCCGACCUUUCGAUCCUUUGAUUUGUCAGUUUUGGGACCCUCGACUACGAGGCAGGAUACAGUGAUAGUGCGGAUUUGGGUAAAACGGCAGGAUUUCGUGCUCUUACUCGAAGAAGAGGUCAAUCUUUCGACGUUACAAUUUAUCGGGACGCUGGAAAAUCACCCUUUCAAAGAAAACACCAUUGUGUUCCAAUUGGUAGAUGGCAUUUAUACUAUGGAUAUGGCAUCGAAGCCACCAAAACCGAAACCUGCGCCAGAAGUCCCAACUAGUUCAUACAGUGCUCUUAUGAGGCUUCUGAACUUGGAUGAAUCGAUACAAGAUGCUCUUGCUACGAGAGAGGAGCUGUUGAACCAGAUUAAUGCGGUUCUAAAGGACAGGCCAAAUGACGAAUCGCCCCAAGCGAGAGAGGAAGCAAGUUUGGCAAACAAAUAUCUUAAUGCAGAACGGAAAUUGCUUAAACAGUCAAUUCGAAAGCGUAACGAAUUAUCCACCUCGAUUAUAGCGCGGAGAAAUGCUAUCAAAUCUGGAGAAGAGAUACAAGCACGAGCUCUAAUGGAUAUCAAUAAUGCCCAAGAGAAACUCAGCGAGUGCCGGAUUAUGGUUGGCAAUACUACCACCGACAUUCACCAGCAACGGCGGCGGAUAUGCGAGGAACUUCUCAACAUAUUUCCUAUUGAACCGACCACUUCACCUCUUCUAUUUACCAUCUGCGGAAUUCCUUUGCCAAAUUCGCAAUUCGAUGAUGCAGACGAAGAUCACGUUUCCGCAGCGUUAGGCUACGUUGCACGAAUAGUCGACAUGUUACAGUACUACCUCAAUGUGCCACUACCAUAUCCGAUCACCGCCUACGGCUCUCGAUCCAUAAUCAAAGACUUCAUCUCCAUUCUCCAAGAUAACCAGCGCACAUUUCCGUUGUACAGUAAACACACUCUACGCUUCCGCUUCGAAUACGGCGUUUUUCUUCUCAAUAAAAACAUUGAACGACUAGCUGAAUCUCAAGGUCUGAAGGUUCUGGAUAUCCGACAGACCUUACCGAAUCUCAAGUACCUCCUCUACGUCUGUAGCGCAGGUACUAGCGAUCUCCCCACCAGAAAAGCUGGUGGCGUGAAAGGUUUGCUGUCGGUGGGCAAGAGUUGGGAUCAGGGGAGUGCUAGUAGUAGGAGAGGUAGUGGUGACAGCGGCGUGGGUAAUGGGGUGGGGGAUCAAGUACGCCUGGCGUUGGAAAGUGCGGGGGUGGAGAAGAGGAAGGGCGGAGGAGGCUUAGGGGCGGCGUUGGGGUUGAAGGGGAUGGGUAAUGGUAAUGGGGGUGGGGGCGGUGGAGGUGCCGUGGGUGGGAUGUUUGGGGGUGCUGAGAGUGGGUUGGGUGGGGUGGAGGUGAGGAGUUUGAGGACUAGUGGGUUGAGGGAGAAUGUUAUUAGAUAG